AAGUGAGAGAGAGAGAAAAUAAGAGAGAGAGAGAGGGAGACAUCCGACAGGAAGUGAUGCAAUCAUCUUAACUGAGGAUGCUUAUAUACAAAGGUUCUACAGCAAAUCCACACAUUGAGCUUUUACUGCCUCAGGAACCAGCAUCCAUUCGUGGCUCAGAAUAGACACUGGGUUCUCCUGUUUGCUUCUGAAAGACGAUUUACCUCCACCGUCUGAUUCUAAAGGACAAAAAAGUUCACGUGCAAGAACAAUGGAGAUUACCAUCAUAACAUUCUGUCUCAUUGGAGCAGUUUUUGCCAACCCAAUUUCAUACAAUUUCCUUUUGGAAUCAAGCGAUAUUGACGCAAACUCGACUGAAAGUUUGUCUAUUUCCCAAUCAUCUGAAAAUAACACCUCAGAGAUUCAGAGCUCUGAAGAAAACUCCUCAAAUCAAAGUUCAGAAUCGUCAGAAUCUUUAGAAUCUACAUCCGAGGACAAGACUUCUGAGGAGAGUAAGAGCCAGUCAGAUGAGGAUGAUGGGAUUGACUCUGUCGAUGAAACCAGAGACGACAGCAUGGGCAGUGAGGAGAACGUUCGGAAGAGCUGGGUUCAAGCCUUCGCAGGAGUCACCAACUACCUGAGCGCAGAGGACAACAGCAGCACAGAGGUCAAGGGUCAAACAGAGCAUCUGACGGACAAACAGUCCACUCACAAGAAAGCUUUCAAACAGAGGAUGAUCCUGCCUUUGGAGGAGAGCACCAGCGACAGCAGUGAUACCACCAGCGAGAGCGCAGAAAUCACUGUUGCUACCGCCGCACCCAGUGACAGCAGCGAGAGCUCCAGCAGUGAAGUGACUGGUGCUACCGCUGCUCCCAGUGACAGCAAAGACAGCACCAGCAGUGAGAGCAGUGAGAGCAGUGAGACCAGCGACAGCAGUGACACAAGCAAGAGCACAGAGGACAGCGAUAUCAGUGACAGUGCAGAGGUGGAACAGAUCACAACCAAGGACUGUGUGAAUGGGACUCAGAGCUGUGAAAGUGAAGAGUACGUUUUCCAGGAUAUAGGAGAUGAUGGCCACCAUGCUCUGGACAAUCUGAUGGUGCCAGAUGACGACGAGAGGGAGCUGAGUCUAAGGAGAUGAUCACAUGCUCUUUAUUACACUUUAGUUUUCCCACUAUGAACUACAACACUCAGGAUGAUGACACCUUGCUCCUGCCUGUCACCUCUGAAUAUUGAUUCUUGGUAUUACUGUAUGUGUGAUGAUGAUGAUGUAUUAUUUAGCCUAGUAUUCACUUUGUUUUGAUAAUAAUAAACAUUUAAUAUGACCAUGGGUGUUGGGGACUUGCAUGUAUUUAAAUAAUUAGACAUGGUGAGUUACAGGAAGGGUCACUUUGCUCAAACACUAGCCUACUUGUACUUUACUUGAACAUUUCCAGUGUAAAUGCGUCGACCUACUUCUAUUCUACUGCAUUUUAGAGGAAAAUGUUUUACUUUUCUCAUUUACAUAUAUUUACUAGAUUUUUAUAUACUUUUUUAAAUAAGGUUAUACAUUGUGAUCGGCAUCUGAAAUAUAAUUUGCCAAUGGAAGUGUGUGCUGUGGUCCUCUGACGGGCUUUAGUGAUAUUACAAAUGGGUUUGAAAGUAUGAUCAAUAAAAUUUGUAAGAGCGGUCUCUGCGUGUGUGUGUACACGUCUUUAGCAGGAGGAUUGAGACCUGUAUUUAGUGUUAGGGAUAGAACUAAGUCAGGGUUAGGGUCAGAGUUAAGCACUUAGUUGUGGUGGUUAAGGUUAGGGUAAGAGUACCAGUAUUCACUGUAAAGUAGACCUAUACUUCAGCUCUGCUGUGUCUGCAUAUGUAAUAAAGACAAUGAUUUAUAAAAAGUAAGUGUGAGUAUAAGUGAAUGCAAUACUUAGACUUGACACAUUUUCUCAGCAAAUGUACUUAGAAAAGUUAGCUUGUGUGUAUUAUAAUUAGUCAUAACUUACUGUAAAGCUAUUUACUGUAUUUUUUUAUCGAAGCCUGUU